CGGAGGAGGCGGGAGGGAGCGGCUUGGCUGUGAGCAGAGGAGUCUGUGGCCGCCGCCAUCGUCACCGUCGUCGUGAUGGCCCACAAGCAGAUCUAUUAUUCGGACAAGUACUGCGACGAGAACUACGAGUACCGGCAUGUGAUGUUGCCAAGAGAGCUUUCCAAGCAAGUACCCAAAACUCAUCUAAUGACUGAAGAAGAAUGGAGAAGGCUUGGUGUUCAGCAGAGCCUUGGCUGGGUCCACUACAUGAUUCAUGAACCAGAACCACAUAUCCUCCUUUUUAGAAGACCACUUCCAAAAGGACAGCAGAAAUGAAUAACUUCUCUAAACUUUAUGUAUAAAUGUAUAUAUGUUGGUAGUAUUCAGUGAAUACUUGAGAAAAUGUACAAAUAAGUCAUUACCUGCGCAUGAGCUGUAUUAUUCACAGCGACAGAGCUCAGUAAAAUGCAAAGUAGGCUGCUAUGGUCUUCAACUCUUGCUUACUGUUAACAAGUGCCUAUUUGAUCCUGUCAGAUUUGUUCAAUAAAGUUUACAUCUUACAUGUAACAUGUUGAUUAUAAAACCUUCACAAAGAUCUAUGGCUUUUAUUCUUAGUAAUGUAUCUUCCUACAACUGUUAGAGUAAUUCAUCCUGUGGCUUUUCAAUUGUUGAAAUAGGUCUGAGGAAAUAAACCUGUUUUUAAUGUUC